UUAAGCAGUAAAUACUACGAACUACGUAGUACAUAGUAGUGUAGUACACUAGUACCUACCGUGACAGUAUUCACAUUAGUAGGAGACAGGAGUGUCGGACUUUGUUCUGUAGUUGUGACUGUAGUGACUUAAAUUUUUUUUUCCGUUUCGACUGGAUCGACUCCGAUAGUCCGAUACAUCUGAUUGUCAACAAGUAGUACGUUUCUUGGUAGAUAUAGAUUAUAGACACGACUUUAUGCCGUAGCAUAGGUCGUCCGUAGAACAAUGCGCGCGACGUUCAUCUGUAAAUGUCACCUGAUAUUACGUAAUACCUUCCUUUGUUCGGUAAACAAAACAACAUAGUAGUACGACAGGUACACGAUUGUGUAUUAUUCUUAAAUUGGCAAUAAUAUUGUUGUUUUCGUAUCGGCACAUCACACAAACUUAUAUUAAUUCGAGAUAUAUCUCGAAUAUCCACGUACCCACCGCCGAACAAGAUAAUAAUAAUAUUAUCAUAAAAAUCCAACUCUGUUCUGGCAGUUGACCGACCUACCGACAUGGAAACCGACGGUGAGAGUGCUAAUGUAGUGGCCCUGGCAGGCAGCAUCCAAGAGCCGGAUAUGGACAGUGGUGUGGUGCAAGUCAUGGAGCCCAAUGACAAAACCAAAUUCAGACUGACCUUAGAGCCCAUCAUGAUGCUGUUGCUCCUGGGAGUGAAUGUCAGCAUGAUGGUGCAAACUAACCUAAUCGAAGAACGUGUAUGCAUCCAUAGUGAUCUCGGCAAAAAUAAGUCUGUGAAUUGUUUCAAUAUGACUGCAGCAGAACAAGAAAUAGUUCAGCCGGCUGUGGCAGAUUUGCAGAUGAUUAAAAAUCUAAUCGAAACAUUGGUGCCUUGUGUAACAGCAUUGUUUUUAGGUCCAUGGAGUGAUCUAAACGGUCGUUUGCCUUUGUUUUUAGCAGCUAUCUCAGGUAUGGUAGUAUCUAACUGUAUGUACUGUGUGUUUUCUACAAUGCCCAGUCUACCUCCAAUAAUGUUUUUGCUGUGCAGCAUACCUGUUGCCGUAAGUGGUGGUGGUGGUGCAUUGUUUAUAGCUUCAUUUUGUUAUAUUGUUGACAUUACUGAUUUCAAAACCAGAGCUUUCAGAUUAGGUGUAUUACAAACAUUUAUAUCUUUUGGCUCAAUUAUUGGAUCAAUACUAAGUCCUAUGUUGUACAGCAAAUCCCCUACCUAUGCCUUUGCCUUAAGUUCAAUGUUCACAAUAGCUGGACUUCUUUACACGUCUCUUUUUCUCAAAGAAACAGUUGUCAUAAAAAAGGGUACAAAUACAAAACUUUUCAACCUCAGUCUAGUAAAAAGUAUGUGGGAAACUGUUAUGAAGAAACGAUUUGGAUUUUUGAGAUGCAUAAUAAUUCUUUCUGCUGUGGUAUUAACUUUAAAUUUAGCAAUUGUAUUAGGUGAAGAUUCAUUGAUGUAUAUGUACCUACAAAAACAAUUUUCAUGGACUUUAGAAAAUUAUACUUUAUUCAAUGCUUAUGCAACAUUAUUAAGUGCUAGUAUUCCUGCAAUUGGGUUGUAUGUGUUGAGUACUAAACUUGAAAUACCAGACAUGUAUCUUGCUACUGCAGCUACAGGACUACGAAUUAUAGAAAAAGUCGGCUUAGCAUACUCUCAAUAUACAUGGCAAUUUUAUUUUGUGAAGAUUUUUGGUUGUGUGGUAUUGACCAGUGAACCCUUAGUUCGAUCUCAAUUAUCCAAGAGUUUUCCACCUGAAGAUUUAGGGAAAAUAUAUGCGUUCAUAAGUGUGAUCGAAGGUUUUGGUACAUUACUUGGUUCUCCAAUAUAUACCACUGCCUAUAAUAUGACAAUCCAUAAUUUCGCCAAUUUUAUAUUUCUCCUAUCAUCAAUAUUUGGAACAUUUGUCUUAGGCUUAUACAUAAUUAUAUUAUUCUUACUUUCAAGAAGUACCAAGACAGACGAUUUAUUGAUUGUAAACUAAUUAUCGAGCAAAGAAAAUACAAAAAUAUUUUUAAUGUAUAAGGGUACCUAUAGCGUUUUAUAUUGUUUAUUCGGUGAAGAUUUAUUUUAUUGAACUAAGUUGUACACAA